AUGGAGAACGAUUUAUCCCUAUCCCAAUCCUUAGGUGGUUUGCGGAUAGCUAAUCCUGAUGAUGCAUCGUCCGGUACAUCAACUCUAGAAACUUCAAAUGAUCGCAAUCACGAACAUACAAAUCACGAAUCGACAUUUAUGCCACAUCAAGCCGCGGAUUCGACCUCUUCGGAAUCCAAGGACGCGCGGAAAACCCCAGAUUCCCAAACGCAAUCAAAACGACAUUCCAUCUUUAAUAUCCUCCGACGUGGCUCACCUACCGACCCUUCUUCGAAUUCUAUCUCCACCCCCGAAUUUCCACAGACUUCAGAUCCGAAACGCCCGAGUUCACGCUCGGCAUCGAGUAGUGGUGAAUCUACAAAAGUGCAGGCGCAACAAGAGCCUCUGCCAAGACCCGUUGCAGCGAAGCCCUAUCGACAAUCAAUGCCAAUGAAUCAUCAAUCUCAACAACAACAAGCAUUUCCCCCAUAUCAACCACAUCCAAUGCAAAACGGAAAUCGAGCAUAUCCUCCUCCCGGUGCCACUCGACCAACCUCAGGUGUCUACGCAGCGCAACCUCCUCCAAACGCAAUUCCAAAUAGAGAUCACGGAUCGUACAGAGUGAGAAGCGAAUCUUCGCAAUCUUCAAUACACGGGGGAAUACCGUCAAGGAGUGAUUCCAGGUCGGCAGCCACAGCAAUGCAGGCAGGAGUGCCCUCCAGAGAAGCGAGUCAUCGAGAACGAUCAUAUAAUAACAGCCUUAACAUGCCACCGGGUAACGGGCCUGUGCCACCAAGGCGAACUUCGAGAGGAGUGGGCGGAGGUUACGAUAACCCGGCACAUUCCAUGGCUGCUGCUAAUACACAUUAUGACACCGAAGGAAACGUGGUCACCGCCGAGGAGUGGAAAGUUAGAGGUGCCGCAGUCGGUGUUCGUGAGGAGGUUGAUGCGGAUGGAAAAGUACACUUAAAGCAAGUAAGGAAGGGAGUGCAAGAUUUUAUCUUUGGGCGAACUUUAGGAGAGGGCUCAUACAGCACUGUGUUAUUUGCAACCGACCGUCAGACACUAAUAGAUCAUGCCGUGAAGAUCUUGGACAAGAAGCAUAUAAUUAAGGAGAAAAAGAUCAAAUAUGUGAAUAUAGAGAAAGACACUUUGAAUCGAUUAUCAGACCACCCAGGCAUCAUUCGAUUAUUCUUCACCUUCCAAGAUAGCGCAUGUUUAUACUACGUCCUUGAGUACGCUAGCGGCGGAGAAUUGUUGGGAGUAUUGAAGAAGAUUGGAUCAUUUGAUGUGGAGUGUACAAGAUUCUACGGCGCUCAACUUCUUGAGGCAAUAGACUGUAUGCACCAGAAGGGCGUGAUACACCGAGAUCUGAAGCCAGAAAAUGUUCUAUUGGAUGAUAAAAUGCACAUUAAGAUCACGGACUUUGGAACUGCUAAAUUACUCCCCGCUCCUGGCUUAUCGAAGCCAUAUGACAUAACUAGCAAUGGCGAAGAUGAAUCAACAAGAGCAAGUUCUUUUGUUGGGACAGCAGAGUACGUCAGCCCUGAAUUGUUGACGGAUAAAAAUGCUUGCAAAGCUAGUGAUUUAUGGGCGUAUGGGUGUAUUAUAUACCAGCUCUUGGCUGGCCGACCUCCAUUCAAAGCUGCGAAUGAAUACUUAACCUUUCAAAAGAUUGUCAGUUUGGAGUAUGAGUUCCCCCCAGGAUUCCCCCCUGCUGCUAGAGAUCUUGUCGAAAGGCUCCUUAUUCUUGACCCACAAAGAAGAUUAUCGAUCGAGCACAUUAAAAACCAUGAAUUUUUUGAUGGAGUUAGAUUCAGUCGCGAACUGUGGAAGGUUAAAGCCCCCAGAUUAAAGCCUUAUGUUCCACCGGCGCAAGAACCUCAACUGAUCAUGCUCAACAAUACAUUUUCGACCACACCGCCGGCAUCACGAGUACCACCGCAACCUACUCCAUCAAAUGGCAAUUCAAGGCCACAACCCAGGAUAAUCACCGAACUUCCUCCACCAACUCAGCUGGAUAUCGAAUGGUCACCCGUAUUGACACGGAACAAUGAACGCAUCCUGAAAUUGGGAAACUUGAUGGUUAUAUCGUCGCCGUUACCACAUAGUCCCAAUUCGAGGAAUGGUGAAGAAGUUCCUGAAAAGAAGGGAGGAUUUGCUAGAUUUUUCGGAGGUUCAACGACUAAGAAAAGAGCAAGGCUUGUGAUGGUUACAUCUAGUGCGAGAAUUAUUCUUGCUGCUGCGGGAGGCGAUGAGAAGAAGACUAAAACAGAGAUCUCCUUACUAGCUUCCGAUUGCUCAUGUAGAGUGCAAUCUGAUUCCAAAGGUCAAUCUGUGUGGUGCGUGGACACACGCGGGACACAUUAUACAUUCGAAGAUACCAAGACUUCAACAACCGCCAAUGAUCCUUCGAAAACAUCGGUACAGGAAUGGAUUGAAGCCAUUGAAAAAGCCAAAGAUAUGGCUUUAUCACAAAAUAUGGUUGGCUCUUAUAACAGUGGCGCUGGAUUUGAUAUGUCGUCCGCCGCCACGAGUCCUACUAGCACUCUUCAUGGACCAAGCAUCUAUCAAGAUAAUUAUGGUCCAAGUGAUCGGUCAGGUCGAAAUCACUUAACCAAAAGUCAAGCUAGCCUUGGGGGAGAAGAAUCCUUGGGCGACGCUAAAAAGAAGUCACAUCGUUUCAGUAAACGGCAAUCUAAGAACGGACUUUCAACACCCUUCUAA